AUGCAGAAUGCAAGUGAAAAGAUCAUGCGGAAUGCAAGUGCAGAAAUCAUGCAGAAUGCAAGUGAAAAGAUCAUGCGGAAUGCAAGUGAAAAGAUCAUGCGGAAUGCAAGUGCAGAAAUCAUGCAGAAUGCAACUGAAAAAAUCAUGCAGAAUGCAAGUGCAGAAAUCAUGCAGAAUGCAAGUGCAGAAAUCAUACAGAAUUAUACAAAACGCUGCAAGUUAGAUUUAUCGUUGAUUUUAAUAUCGUAA